CAGCAAUUAGAAAUUCCUGACAAAAUGUCGCUGAUGAAUGCUGAUGUCUUGAUAUAAAAGGCUGUGGUACACUACAAGAAUAUUUUUUUAAACGAUUUCCAAAUUCGAAUUUUGCUGUCGAUACCCAACUGACAGGAUGAAUAAACUUAUAUUAUUAGGAUUUGUUCUUUGUGCAAUAAUAGUAUGCAUAUAUGCAGAUGAUGACAAGGACCUUUCCCUUCAAGAAGUUUUUUCUCGGGCGAACAAGAAAAAUGGUGGUAUGCCUAAACCAAGACUUCCAGGUUCAGAUUGUAAAAUCAGGAAGAAACCCGAGAAUCAAUGCAUUAGUUUGAAGCCAUUGGACCCUCCUUUAUGCAUUGCCGAUGAGUGUAAAUUCACCCCAAAAUAUGGCGAAGAAAUUGUCUAUUUAUGGCAAUUGUUUGAUAUGCCUCAUAAAUAUGGAACUGAAAAGAAAUACAGAAAAAUUUUAGACUUGGGUGAAGACUUAACGAAAUCAUUUGACGCCGAAGUUUGCCAGGCGGAAAACAGAAUUUGUCAUUGCGAAGACACCUGUCAUUGCAGACGUGAAAAGGUUGUGCGAGUUUGCAAGCAGAAGUACACAUAUAAAUAUGAACGUUACUAUGUAUACAACACCCAUUUCUGUCGCCCUAAGCCUUUCAAUCCGAUGCAAUAUUUCUACCAAAACCUUGGACAAGGCCAGGGCUAUAACCCAACGCUGUCGUAUAUGAUGAAUCAACAAAACAAUAAUCAAAACAACAUUGCUGAUAGAAGAAAUGGGAGGUACCCAAUGGGUACAUUUGCUAGAUCGUCAUCUAACGCGAUGCCGCCAUUUUUCAAUUACAACAACCCGCAACUGAUGCAGAAAUUUUACGGUAUGGGUGGCGCACAAAACCCCGGCAUGCCUGCGAUGCCACGGAUGACAGGCUAUAAUCCAUACUUUCCACAGCAGCAGCAGAGUCCUUCCUCACUUUCUUACAUGUUUUACAUCAUGUCAAUGGCAAACCAAAAACAAGCAGAGCAAGAUUUGGACUCCUAUGUACAAUGUCCAAAAGACCGCAAAAUUACCGGUAGCGUACCAACAACACCAAAUUUUUUCAAUCAUAAUUUCUACAAUUUGAACAUGCAAAUGAGGGUCAAGAACGUUUGGCUGAAAAUUAAGGUGCCUUCUGGAUGUGAAUGCAAGGAACUCAAAAAUUACGACAAAAAUGCAGAUAACUAACAAGUUGUCCCAACGAGCUCAAGCAAAGGGGUGAAAAUCAUAUCGUUAAAGUCUACUGCAAAUAGCUUCUUUAAAACAUCUUCACCAAAAUGAUGAUUACAUGAACACUAAUAGAUAGAAGUUGGCGCGAAACAGUGCGGCUUGAGCCAGCAAGUUGCUUCAUUUUGGAGACAACUCGUAAAAGCGAAGUGUUUUAAUAUGUAUACUUGGAAACAAGCCUCACUCGCAAAGGGAGAUUUGAGAGAGUCUACAUAUGAAUAAGAGUCAUAUUGACUACGUUUAUCGCUUCUCAUUGAAUGCUUUUUACAUAAUUUUUUACAAUUUUUUUCAAAUUAUGAUCAACAAAAAAUAAAACGGCAAAAAUUCGA